AACUACCUGUCUCAGUUCGGCUACCUGCAACCAAUUAAUCCAACAAGUGGCGGGAUCAUAUCUGAGGAGACGCUCUCGAAAGCGAUCUCCGAGUUCCAAGCUUUCGCUGGACUGAACAUAACAGGUGACUUCGACGAAGAAACGUACAAGCUUAUGGCACUGCCAAGGUGCGGGGUUAAAGACAAGGUUGGCCCUGGCUUCGGAAGAUCCAAGCGGUACGCUCUUCAAGGCUCGAGGUGGCGCGUGAAGAAACUGACGUACAAGAUCAGCAAGUACCCGCGAAAUCUGCCGCAGCACAAGGUCGACGCCGAGCUGAACAAGGCGUUCAAAGUAUGGUCGGAAUACACGGAUCUCGUUUUCAUCCAGAAGAAGUCGGGCCAGGUCCACAUUGAGAUCAGAUUCGAGAAAGGUGAACACGGCGACGGGGAUCCUUUCGACGGACCUGGCGGCACCUUGGCACACGCUUACUUCCCCGUGUACGGCGGUGAUGCCCACUUCGACGACGCAGAACAAUGGAGCAUCGACAGUUUCCGUGGGACAAAUCUCUUUCAAGUAGCAGCGCACGAGUUUGGUCAUUCGCUUGGCUUGAGCCACAGCGACGUCAAGGCUGCCCUGAUGGCGCCGUUCUACCGCGGAUACCAGCCUUACUUCCGUCUAGACGACGACGACAUUCAGGGUAUCCAGGCUCUCUAUGGGAAGAAAACGACCAGCACCAGUGGCGUUCCAAGUGGACCAAGAUACACCACCACUACCACGCCACCACCCAGCGAAGAGGACUCGGAACUUUGCAGAGAUCCAAAGGUUGACACGAUGUUCAAUUCUGCGGAGGGACACAUAAAGCAAGAUCGAUUUCCUUAUAUUUUUGUUCCGACCGCAGGCGAUUAUUACUGGAGAUUAACUGCGGAUGGUGUGGCUGUCGGUUACCCUAAGCUCAUCUCACACUCGUGGAAAGGGCUGCCAGGGAACAUAGACGCCGCGUUUACCUACAAGAAUGGGAAGACUUACUUCUUCAAGGGCUCGAAAUACUGGAGAUACGUAGGGAAAAGGAUGGACGGUGAUUAUCCAAAGGAAAUCAGCGAAGGUUUUACAGGGAUCCCGGACAAUAUCGACACGGUGACCGUUUGGACUGGAAACGGCAAGAUCUACUUCUACAAAGGCACGAAAUUCUGGAGGUUCGACCCUGCUCAAAAGCCACCGGUGAAGAACACCUAUCCGAAACUGAUCUCAAACUGGGAAAGCAUACCAGAUAAUCUUGACGCCUCUAUCGUCUAUCGUGGUUACACGUACUUCUUCAAGGGUGACGCUUAUUACCGAUUCAACGACAGAACGUUUUCCGUGGACGUUGCUGAUCCAGCAUUUCCUAGAUCGACGGCGUACUGGUGGUUCGGAUGCAGAUCAGCGAACAAGGGAACGUUAGGUAAUGUCCAGUGGCUUCGCGAGAAUCCUGAAGACAUGUUUCCGCAUGCUGGCAGCCUGGAGCCCGAUGACGGUGAUUCUGAUGAAAACGAUGACAGACACGGUGACGUUGGCGACAUCAUUUUAGACGCAGGUACUAAAUCUUCGAGUUCAUUCGAGUCGAACCAGAUCCUUACCUCGCCACAGAGAAGCGAAACGGACGAGCAGCUAGUCACGUCUUCCAAUCAGGACGCGGACUCUGCGGCGGGAGAUACUUUCACGUCGUUGUCGAUAUCGUGGUAUUUCCCGCUCAGUUUGAUGACCAUGAUCUUCGCUAAAAUUAUUGCCACUACGUAAGAGACAGAGACGAUUUAUUUGUUGGAAAAUAUAAAGUGAUGGGUAUCAUCAUCAACGAUGGGAAAUCUAAUAGAGAUAAUUAA